UUCACCUUCGUACACCUUCGUACACCUUCGUACACCUUCGUACACCGUCAUCCACCUUCAUCCACCUUCAUACACCCUCAUAAACCUUCAUACACCUUCAUUUACCUUCAUAGAACUUCGUACACCUUGAUACACCUUUAUUCACCGUCAUCCACCUUCAAUCACCUUCAUUCACCUUCAUUCAACUUCAUACACCUUCAUUCACCUUCAUUCACCUUCGUACACCUUCAUACCCCUUCAUUCACCUUCAUCCACCUUCACAGACCUUCAUUGACCGUCAUUAACCUUCAUUUACCUUCAUCCACCUUCGUAGACCUUCAUCCACCUUCAUUAUCCUUCAUUCACCUUCAUAGACCUUCAUCCACCUUGAUAGAAAUUCAUUCACCUUCAUCCACCUUCAUAGGCCUUCAUACACCUUCAUCCACCUUCACAGACCUUCAUAGACCUUCAUCCACCUUUAUUCACUUUCAUUCACCUUCAGCGUCCUUUAUCCACCUUGAUAGACCGUCAUUUACCUUCAUCCACCUUCAUAGGCCUUCAUACACCUUCAUCCACCUUCACAGACCUUCAUUCACGUUCAUCCACCUUUAUUCACCUUUAUUCACCUUCAUAAACCUUCAUUCACCUUCGUACACCUUCAUUCACCUUCAUACACCUUCAUACCUUCAUUCACCACCAUUCACCUUCAUACGCCUUCAUGCACCAUCAUACACCUUCAUUCGCCUUCAUUCACCUCCAUUCACCUUCACAUACCUUCAUACACCUUGAUUCACCUUCAUCCACCUUCAUAUACCUUUUAUUACCUUCAUCUACCUUCAUUCACCUUCAUACACCUUCAUACACCUUUAUUCACCUUCAUACAACUUCAUCCACCUUUAUAUACCUUCACUCACCUUCAUACACCUCUAUCCACCUUCAAACACCUUCAUUCGCCUUCAUUCACCUCCAUUCACUUUCAUUCUACUGCUCCAUUCACCUUCAUAUAUACACCUUGAUUCACCUUCAUCCAACUUCAUCCAUCUUCAUACAACUUCAUUCCUUCUCAUAUACCUUCAUACACCUUUUAUUACCUUCAUCCACCUUCAUACACAUUCGUUCACCGUUAUUCACCUUCAUACACCUUCAUUCACCUUCA